GUUGCCCUGUUCUAGUGUACCUAAGCCCAAAGUGGCACAAAGUGGCUCGUGCUAUUUAUUAUUUUGGAGCUUCAGCUGAAUCUCGACUUUCUUAAGCAAAGUCAUGACGUGGUCCAACAAUUGAAAGUGCAAUAGGCAAUAGGCAGUAGACAAUAUAAUACUUCAUCGCCAUCUCUCCUAACCCUCCCGAAACGGCCGAAUACGUGUCCAACUGAAAAAUGGCUUUGCCUUGGGUAAAGAGGCUCGAAGACUGCGCCGACUACUCUCAAGUAGUUGAGCCAUACCUACCACAACUCUACGAGCUCCCUGGGAAGAUAAUCCAUGCUGCGUCGACUCACGGAUCCUUCGUCGAAUUAUAUAAAAAUACCAACCCCUUCAUAUCGGGACUUGGCUUUUCUAUAUUCCUCGGUGCCGUCUUCUUAAUCGUAUCCGAAAUCAAUCGUAAUUAUUCUCAGGUUGACCGCAUGUGGAGUCUAUUGCCAACAAUAUACAAUGCACAUUUUGCUGUUUGGUCUCAUCUGAAUGGCCUUCCAAGCCAAAGGCUCGACCUUGUGUUAUUAUGGAGUGCAACAUGGAGCGCUCGGUUGACGUACAAUUACUUCCGGAAAGGUGGUUAUAAUGUUGGUUCCGAAGACUAUAGAUGGGAGAUAAUUCGCAGCAAAGUACAUCCGGUGCUAUUUUUCUUACUCAAUAUCACUUUCAUCUCCUUCAUUCAGAGCAUAUUGCUCUUCUUCCUCGCAGCGCCGACAUACAUUAUCCUACUAUCGUCAAACUUUGAACGGGAGGUCACAGCGGCGGAUAUAGCUUUCACAGCAGUCCAGCUCGGACUCAUACUCUCCGAAUGGUUUAGCGACCAGCAACAAUGGGACUACCAGCUAGCCAAAAAAGAGUACCAACAGACGGCCAAGGUGCCACGGGGCUGCGGUUUUACUCAGGAGGACCUUGACCGAGGUUUCAUUACUUCCGGUUUAUGGGCUUACUGCAGACAUCCUAACUUCGCAGCCGAGCAGACUAUCUGGUUCAUUUUAUACCAAUGGAGCUGUUACGCAAGCAAGACCCUCUACAACUGGGCAGCUCUAGGCCCUCUGUUUCUAAUCAUGAUCUUUCAGGGGUCGACCUGGCUCACGGAAUUGAUCAGCUCCGAAAAGUAUGCAGAGUACAAAUUUUACCAACGACAAGUCGGGGCUCACAUACCCAGCUUCACUCCGUAUAAAACUCCGGCGCCGAAAGUUAUUCGGACAAGCGAGAUAGCAAAGCGACUAAAGGCAAAGCAAAAGUAAAACGCGCCCCAAUAUGUAAUCGCUAUUCAGUAUGUAGAUAGCGUAGGCCAGACGCUUUCACAUGUGCAUAGUGCAUAUAAGGAUGGGUUCACAGCUGCAUAAGUUUGCGGUCUACUGCGGUAUGACGCAGACAUGCAUAACUCCAUUCAGAAGAUUGAAGCUUUAGCACGAUAAGGUAUUUGUCCUCGUGAGAUGUGCGGGGUGGUGUUCUAAUCAAGGGAGCAGGUAGUAGUUGAUCUUAGAUAGGUAGACUAUUUUACAGAGGGCCGAUUGUUUUACCUAGGUAUUCAACAAAAUAACCUGCAGACGGUCAACAAUUUCCUUUUCAAAUACUUUGCAGACUGAUGGCAUGCGCCUAUUAUGUGUGAUGCCGGAAGAGACCAGGUUUGCUACGCAGGCCACGAUCCUUCAGGCCCACAAUCGCCGGACUCCCGAUAAGACUCAAUACUCAUUGAGUAUUACUCAAUACGGAUGAUGAUGGCGGACGGCAUAUGGAGGCGCUUCCUCGCAUUAGAUACUUUAGGUAUAGUUAACCGACAACAAACAAUGUUACGUAGGUAUACAUACCUCAUACAUACAUACCACAUA